AUGAGAUCGGGGACCCGGUGUCCUGUUGAUAAGAUCGAUUAUAUUGAUGACAACAAUAAAAAACAAACUAUCGAAUGUUAUGAUGAUGAUGGAUACAGUAAAGGUUUACUGGCUAUAGCAAAUGAAUUGAAUGUCUUUGUCCCAAGAAAAUGUAAACUCAAUGAUUUAAAAUUACUGCUAUCGCAACAUGCAGCUUUUAAAAGCGUCAGCAAACUUGCAAAGUUAGCGACUGAAUAUAAUAUCAAAAUAAUUUUUAUGCCGAAGUACCAUUGUGAAACUAAUCCCAUUGAAGGAUAUUGGUGUCACUCAAAACAGUAUAUAAGAAAACAUACAGAUAAAAGUUUUCAAAAAUUAACAACUUUAAUGCCUGAAGCAAAAGCAAAUUUCAUUGAAAAGCACGCUCACCUCAAACUUUUUCGUCGAUUUUGGAGAACGAUCAAAGCAUACGAUCAAGGAAAAGAUUAUCUUGAAGUACUAAGAAUGUUUUUUAGUGGAUUGUGUAAUGAUCAAAUCAUCAGUCAUCGUAAAAUCACAAACACUAAUCUUGACAAUUAA